UGUAGCUCACUUCAUCAGUUAUAUGGAUGUUUAGCAAAACAGAUUUAUUAGAACCAGAAAAGAAACUGUUCAAACACAUUGCAAGGGAUGUGCGAAUUUGCCUGGAGAACACAAUACAUUAAAAUUGUGUCAUACAUGGUAAGUGUAACCUCCUGCAGCAGAAUGAUAGUUUGUGGGUUUUAAACAACUCCUCUCGAUUCGACAAUGAUUCCAAGAGAAGCCAAGAGUGUCAUUUUGGGAUCUGUCAAUUCUAACUGCACAAGUAAAGACAAAUGAAAUUGCCCAUUUAAUUAAGGUAUUGCCAAUUAGUUCAUCGAGGCAGUAAAAUCAACAUAAGGGAAUUAGAAUGUGGAUGAGGCGAACUGAAGUUAGGAUUGUGACCAGGCUCAAACAGUAGGUGAUUGUUUUGCUCACACCAGGACCCGGAGGAAUGAUCUGCUCCCUUCCUUAAAAUAGACAUUGUGCCUAUGGACUGGCACUGGGGAAGGCAUAUUAAUCUCCCCCCCCCAUUAUGUCACAUACAAUAAGCAGUAAUGUUUUCCUUUUAAACAGCCCUUUCUUCUCCAGCUUCAGUUUCUUCCAGCCUCAGAGAUAAUUGUCAAUCAUUUAAGACCCUUCAAUCUUUCCGGAUAGCACCCAGAUCUUAUUGUGUUUUUUCCACAGAUCUUGAAAGAAAGAGACCACGAAGAAGAAAACGGUGCUGUCCAUGCUUUUCAUUUGCAGUGCAAAAAUGUGUUUUUGCUUUAUUCCGCCGGAAGAGGGUGGUCUUUGGAAAGCACUUCGCGUCAGCCUGGGAUUCCUAUUGUGCUUAAAAACAGCAGAGGGAAAACAAGCACAACUUUUCUCCUUGGCACCUUGCUAGACCUUGCCUGGAGCAGACGGUGAAAUGCAAAAGAUUUUCCCUUGGAAGCUGGGAAGCCACGAGAUUGCAAAAGCUGCCAGUGGAACUUAAGAUUGUUUUCCUCUUUCUCUCUGCCAAAGGUGUCCUGUGUGGGUACUUUUUGUUCUUCUUGAAUACAGCCUUUUCUCUAGGGACGGAUCUAUUCCUGAUGGGGAAUCCGUGUGCCACUUUGAAAAAAAGACAGGAGCAAUUUCCCAGCGCUGGGUGAGUUUCCUUAAGCAUUUCUUUCUCUGCGUUGAAAUUUGUCAGGACAAUUCAAAUAAAUGUGCUCUGACUCAGCAGCAGCCAGAUGCUCUGUCUCUUUACCGAAGCUUGUUGCACACUUCGCAAGGCUUCGCAACCUGCAGAUAGAUUUCCUAGCCCCACUGAAAGUCGUUGGAGUUCAGAGUGGCUAAGACACAGCGAGUGUUGGCUUUUUGCAAAAUUACUCUAGGUUUUGUCCAAGGGAAGAAGCUGUUGGAAACACAGCUACAAGAAUUUUUAAAAAAUGACUGAGGAUGUUAGUUUGCAAGAGCUGGACAGCGACAAGUCAGAAAACAGUGAAGAGAUGGAGAUUAUUGUUAAUGUUGGAGGAGUAAGGCAGGUGCUGUAUGGGGAUCACCUGAACCAGUAUCCCGACACAAGGCUGGCAGAACUUGUGAACUGUUUAUCAGGCGGCUACGAUACGAUUUUCUCACUUUGUGAUGACUACGAUCCUGGGACAAGAGAGUUCUACUUCGACAGAGAUCCAGAUGCUUUUAAAUGCAUCAUUGAGGUUUAUGAUUUUGGGGAGGUUCACAUGAAGAAAGGCAUCUGUCCCAUUUGUUUCAAAAAUGAAAUGGAAUUUUGGAAAGUGGAUCUGAAAUUCCUGGAUGAUUGUUGCAAAGCUCAUCUGAGUGAAAAAAAGGAAGAACUUGAAGAGAUUGCCCGUCGGGUCCAGUUGAUCUUGGAUGACUUGGGAAUGGACUCCUCCGAAAACAGCUGGACCAAGUGCAAAAAAUGUAUCUGGAAAUUCCUGGAAAAACCUGAAUCAUCCUACUCGGCUCGCAUUGUAGCCGUCACCUCUUUUCUACUCAUCUUGACCUCAUCUGUAGUGAUGUGUGUGGGAACCAUCCCGGAACUGCAGGUGCUGGACUCUGAAGGUAAAUCCGUAGAGCACCCAGUUCUGGAUAAGAUCGAAACAGCUUGUAUUGUCUGGUUUACUCUUGAGUAUGUCCUCAGGCUCAUCUCUUCGCCUAAUAAGUUGCACUUUGCUCUUUCUUUCAUGAACAUCAUUGACAUUUUUGCAAUCCUUCCUUUCUACAUCAGCCUCAUCCUGACCCAUUUGGGCACCAAAUUGAUGGAGUUAACCAAUGUACAGCAAGCUGUCCAAGCACUUCGGAUCAUGAGGGUGGCCAGAAUUUUCAAACUGGCUCGCCACUCCUCAGGACUACAGACAUUGACCUAUGCGCUUAAGAGGAGCUUUAAGGAACUGGGGCUUCUCCUGAUGUAUCUAGCAGUUGGGAUCUUUGUCUUUUCUGCCCUGGGUUACACAGUGGAGCAAAGUCAUUCCGAAACGUUGUUUAAGAGCAUCCCUCAGUCCUUUUGGUGGGCAAUCAUCACCAUGACCACCGUGGGUUACGGAGACAUCUACCCAAAGACAAUCCUGGGGAAACUCAAUGCUGCUAUCAGUUUUCUUUGUGGGGUCAUAGCCAUUGCCUUGCCCAUCCACCCCAUCAUUAACAACUUUGUGCGAUACUACAACAAGCAGAGAGUGCUAGAGACAGCUGCCAAGCAUGAGUUAGAACUGAUGGAGCUCAAUGCAGGGGACCAGAAAAGCAGCGGUUCCCAUGAUAAAUCAGCACACCUUCUGGGGGAUGGAAACGAACAUUUCCGAUGGAGCAGACACCAGAAAUUCUCCCACAGUGACACUUUCAUUCACCUUCUGUCAGACGACAACUAUUACCGAACCAGGCUUCAGAGUUGCAAGUAGUCUGCCUCCAUUUAGAAGCCUGGAAUAAAAGAGAAAGAAUAGAGAGGACCCCUUUGAGGUCAGUCUCCCCCACCACCACCACAGGCUUAAAACAUGCAAAUGUCUCAGCAUCUCCUCAGCAUUUCUUUUGGUAAGUCAUGGAUUGGAGAAACUGAAGAGUGCAGAGAAUGUAUAGCCAACCCUGCUGAUGCAGACUGCCACUUUCAGAAGCCAAAAAGAUAAAUAAAAAUAAAGAUCUGUGGGUCUCUUGGCCGGUUCAUAUUUCAUGAUUACUUGUGCAACCAUAUAAAAUCGCAAAAGAUGUCCUGCAUAAUAAUAAAAGCGAAAAUACAUGUGUAUAGAGCUGGUCAAAGAUGUCUCUAAGUGGCUUGAUGGAAAAGUCAUUUCAACAUUUCUGAAAACUUGGUAUAUAUAGAUUUUUACAAGUGAAAUCCAGCUGAAUGUAUAAUACUCUGGGAAGUGUGUUAAAAUCUGUGAGAUUUGGUGAUACAAAACUUCCCUUGUUAGCAAAGAAAAAAGAUUGCUCCUGAAGGAACUAUAAUAAAAUAAUAUUUAUGCCAAACAAGAGGAUCUUCAUUGGAUCUGUUUUUCUUAUUAUAAUUUCAUUCAGUUCCAUGUAGGAAAGUUCCAUACUUUAAAAUUUUACACCAGCCUUUCACCCUUUUAUAAGUAACACUACAUGUUUCCCCGAAAAUAAGACCCUGUCUUAUAUUUUUUUGAACCCUGAAAUAAGUGCUUGGUCUUAUAGCCAUGCGCUCAAAAGCCCGAUUGGUCUUAUUAUUAGGGGGUGUCUUAUUUUGGGGGAAGCAGGGUAACAUUCAUUUGCCUUCGGUCCUGCCAAAAAGG